CCUUCACUUUCUUCUUUCUUUUUCUUCUUUCUUCUUCUCUCCUCUCACUCUCAGAAACCCGUCCAAGUUCCACCACCUGCUUUCUCCUUGUUUCUCCUCACAAGCUCAUCUUGCUCAUGACGGGCUUCGGUGUCGCAAAGGAAACACCAUCGCCACCAUCAGGAGUAGCGAUCAACUCCCCCCACUCCAUCACUGCCUAAUCACGACAUGCAAGUUUUCUUUUCCAUCAUCCAUAGCUUUGGCGGGUGAGAUUUGAGACUCAACCUCACCAUCAUGCAAUAUUGGUAUGCUGUGCACUCUCUUCUCGUUUCUAGCUUGAACUAACACAGAUCUGAGUCCAACCCGUCCCAAUCCGCCCGCUAACCCGUUCCACCCGGACCCUACAUACCCGAAGCCAAACACGGUCGGAGUCGGCCUUGAAUAUGUUUGAUUGAAAUCCGCCCAAACCCGACAUCUUUCACCCGAGCCCGCCCGAAACCGACCCAUGCUCAGCCCACUUCUGCGCUUCUAUGCUCAAUUUCGUCGACAGCUCCAGAUUUUAGCCGAAGUUGACCGUUGCAUCACUCCCAUGGAUCCUCCUCUGCAUAAACCCUCCUUCAACCCGAACAAGCAUCUCAAAGAACAAUUCGUGAGCAAUUUAAGUGGAUCCUCUAUGCUCGAAAUCGCGGCGCUUACGAUCUCUAUCCCCAUUCUGGUCAUUAUUCGUCAUUCCAUCACCUCCAUUUCCACCAAUGGUGCCUCGCUUAGGAAGAAAAACGAUGAUGCACUGUCUGAGAAUAGGACUUUCAAAGCAUAUCUAGCUACAUUGUCUCUCGAUUUUCUUAUCAUUGUUGUUCCCAUGCUCUUAUUUUUCACUGUACUUGCUGACUGGACUUAUAUUAUCGCCAGUUUGUUUGCAAUCUUGACAUUACUUUAUAUUGCAGCAAAGGGGUCUGGCGGUUCAUCUCUUGUUUUAAGAGAGCCCAAUUCUCUUCGGGCUUAUGUUACUUCAUACAGGGUUAUUGUGAUGAUUAUAACAGUCUUGUGCAUCUUGGCUGUUGACUUUAGAAUAUUUCCAAGAAGAUAUGCAAAGACUGAAACUUAUGGAACUAGUUUGAUGGAUCUUGGAGUUGGAGCAUUUGUUUUAGCAAAUUCACUAGUUUCUCGGCAAGCACGAAAUAUUACAUCUGUAAACUGGAAGACUGCAAUAGUUUCAAUUAGUCCACUGCUAAUCUUAGGAUUUUUUCGGCUUAUUACAACAACUGGUGUGGAUUAUCAGGUACAUGUGAGUGAAUAUGGUUUGCAUUGGAAUUUCUUCUUCACACUUGCUGCUGUGUCAAUCCUUACUUCCUUUAUUAGUACUCCCCCUCAAUAUUCUGGAGUCUUUGGUUCACUUGUCCUAGUAGGUUACCAGUUCUGGUUGAUGCAUGGUUUAAAUCAUUACUUGCUUUCCAAUGAGAGAGGAACGGAUAUCAUAAGUCAAAACAAGGAGGGGAUUUUUAGCAUAUUUGGAUACUGGGGCAUGUACCUUGUGGGUGUAAACUUAGGAAACUAUCUUAUCUUUGGAACCCAAUCCUCUGCAUAUAGAAGUAGCAGAUGGGUUCGAACGAGGGUUUGGGUCCUAGCAAUCCUAUUCUGGUUAUUGACUGUACUUCUAGACCGCUAUGUGGAAAGAAUUUCACGGAGAACGUGCAACCUGCCGUAUGUGACUAUGGUAGUGGCUGACAACCUACAGCUGUUGUCAAUUCUAAUGCUGGCUGAUCUCAUUCCUGGAUGUAAAACUUCUUUACUUGAAGAAGCAUUUAAUCGGAACUUGCUGGCUACAUUUCUUCUGGCUAAUGCACUUACUGGGUUGAUAAACUUGUCAGUUGAUACACUCUCUGCGUCAUCAACCACAGCCCUUCUUAUCUUGCUUGCCUAUGCUUAUGUUUUAUCAGCAGUGAUUGGAAUUGCUCAUUAUUUUGGUAUGAAAUUAAAAUUUUGGUGAAGCAGCCUUUUGUCAUGCUGUAGUCUAUUGUAUUCAUAGUUUAUUAUAAAAUGAUUUCUUUUCAUUAAUCAUGAAUUUUGUUUUGGUCAA